AUGGUUCGUUUGAAGAGCAGGUACAUCCUUUUUGAAGUCUUACAUCCCGAAGAUGUUGUAAAAGACACCAGUAUUGAUGACGAUGGAUCGAAUCCGCAAAAUUUCAUGCUACGUCUUCAUCGUAUAUCUCCAGCGAAUAUCAACGCUAAAAGCAUUAUACUGGCCCUGAGAAAGGCUCUUCAAUCAAACUUCGGUGACUUUGGAUGUGCAAAUGGAACCAAUGUAAUGCAGCUGAAGUACUUCUCCAAUAGAACGUCAACAGGCAUACUACGAUGUAGCCGAGAACAUUAUGAUUUGAUUCUCAUUUCCAUGACAUUGAUGAGUAAAAUUGAUACCACGGAGGGAAUCAUUGUGAAUCCAAUCAAGAUUAGCGGUACCAUUAAAAAACUGGAGUUAUACGGUAUGAGACGAAGUAAAAUCAUCGGCAACAAGCUGAAUUGUAAGCUUGAAGAUAACUUUCAAAGUAUUACCGAAGACCAACUUGAGGAAUAA